AAUAAAAAUAUUUUUAAAAAUAAAAUGUAUUCCCGUUCAUCUUUAAUUUCUUUCUUCCUUUUAAUUAAUUUAAUUUUGACUCCAAUGAUUUUGGCUUCAAACAAUGAUGCUGUUGCUGCUCCAGUUGUUGCGAGUAAAGAUGCUGGGAAAGUUAGAGCGACAGAAAUUAAAAGAGCACGCCGUGGGUUUUGGAAAGGAGUGGCAGGUGGAGCAUUGGUAGGAGGUGGUGCUGUAUUAGCUGCUAAAGCAUUAAGAGGCUAA